UCUUGAAUGACCCGCUGUGAAGGAAUGAGUGAUGCCGGACAGAGGAUGUAACAUCUGGAGUCUGGUGGUACUGUCGGUGUUAGAGAUGGGGCUCGGUGCGUCCAGCAUCGCCCUCGGGGUGUUCGGCAUCAUCCGAGUCCGGUCGGUUCACAAGCUGCAGCUGGGGGAUGCCUCUCCUAUAUGGAGCGGAAUGUGUUUUCUCAUCUGUGGACUAUGUGGGAUGGUGUGUGCAAAGAAGAGGUCAGGAUUGAUUAUGAUCCUAUUUUCAGCCUGCUGUAUCUGUGGGUUGAUCAGUGGGAUCCUAAACUUCCAGUUUGUGCGUGUGGUGGCAAAGCGUCCCGAUGCCCUGCCGUCCCUCUACCUGGCCAUCAUGGUGCUGGCCUGCCUGGGCAUCGGAGUGUCCAUCCUGUUUACCUGGCUCACCUGUCGUCUGGCCAGCAGCGAACAGCAGAGGAUGUACCUGGAGAGAGAGCUGUCCCUGCACCAUUCCCAUGAGAUGAGUGAAAAGGAGUUGGCUGAGAGAUCUGAGAGAGCAGCCAGCAUUCCCCAGAUCUCCUUCAAUGGAAAGUCCUCACCUCCAUUGUCAUUAGGCUGAAGCCCAGCUGUGUUACUGUAUUCAAAGCAUCAUGGAGACAAUGUUGGUUUCAUUCAACACCAACGGUCACAGGGGACGUGAUCUCUUGCAAUGAACUAAUACACAAAGGAAUCAACAUACGGCAACACUAUGAGAAGGCGCUGUGAGAUUUGACAAUCGGCUUACUAGUGACGAUGUAGGCUGAAUGAUGCACCUGGAUAGUCCCCAGACAUGGAUUUGGGGGACAUGGAAACAGCAGGUAGAGGGCACAAAGCUAUGGCACAUCCAAAGGCUCAAAAAGAUCAACGAAACCACUUGAGAUUGUCAGUGUUGAGAUGAGGAAAGACAUAACUGCUUCAGGGUUUGACUGGUCAUAGAGAUCAUGUCAUACAGUGGAAGUUGUUUCCAGUACUAUUAUUUAUUUGAAUGAUUAUUUAUGUAUUUAUUAUUUAAAUAUAUGUUUGUUUAUUCAUAAGCAUGAAAAUAUAAUAAAAUCCCAUCUGUGAUAGGUUUUUACAAUUUAGAGCAUUAUAAUGAAUGAAUGGUUUAAUGAGGUUGAUGGAUGACGAGUACGACGGUGGAUGAUGAAUGAUGAUGACUACAAUGGAUGAUGAUUAAUGAUGACGACUACGAUGGAUGAUGAUGGUGAUGACGACUACGAUGGAUGAUGAUGAAUGAUGACUAUGGUGGAUGAUGUUGAUGUUGAUGACUUUAUUGUAUCCAUUAAUUAAUUCUAUAUGCAUUAGAAUAUUUUGCAGUAGACCACAACCAGUAGGAAGCAGUAGUGAUAGUUAUAUUCCCCCACUAGAGGGAGCCCUCUAUCUCCUUUUAACUUAAUCUAUGUACCAAACGGCUCCCUAUUCCCUAUAUAGUGCACUACUUUUGACCAGAGUCCUAUGGUCAAUAGUGGUGCACUAUAUAAAGAAUUGGGACUCAGGGUUGAAUCUUUUAGUCGAACAUUUGAACAGAAUAAUAAAUAUGUAAAGUUAUGGAUAAAUGAGCAGAGUGUUGCUGACAGAUUGAAAUUGUAGUCCUACUUCCUGUGUAUCCCUGAGCAAAGCCCAUAACCUGAAAAUAUCCAGUCCUAUUUAUGGGAAUGCUGUCCAGAGAAGAUAAGCAGAGUAUGGAAGGACAAGGAAAAACAUUCCAUGAAUUUACAUUCAUGUAUUCUCUUACCGACUCCCUCAACCCUUGCAAAGUAAGAAUACAGAUUAUGGGUUACGUCCCAAAUGACACCCUAUUCCCUACACAGUGCAUUACUUUUGACCAGGGCCCAU